AAUCGCCUCACCGCGCGCGAACGCCUUUCGCAGCGGCCCGUCAGACUUAUUUUCCCUUGAUUUCCUCGUCGCCUCUGCCACUCGUUUGAUGAACUGCGAGGACCGUCGGCCAUCGAAUUAGGACUCUCGGAUCCCCGCCCUGCUUAUCGCAGUUGUCGCACAGCUGGCCUCAGCCGCACGAUCGAGAGCGGCUCAGGAGAAGACGACAGACUGGUUCCAGCCGCCUGCAUCCCGCAGUAUCCGCCUCAUUGAUCGUGAUAACCGCGGCGCAAUUCGCUAUUGCAAGAACCCGCGAGGAUUGGAAGACGACAGAGACACGCCAGAGUCGAACUGACCGCAGUCGAUAUUACCGGCACUCACGGAGCCGAGCCGCCCACGAUCCUGCCGCUUGACCUCGUCACAUCUCGCCUCGACCGACAAGAUGCAUUUCGCAUAUCCCUCCCGCAAGAGCUCGAACCCGCCGCCCUUCCGCCCUCGAUCCACGCGGCUGCCCGGCCUGCGGAGGAGUCGCAUCAAGACGAUUGGCAUUGUGCUGUUCCUGGUGCUCGCGACGCUCUGGUUCUUUUCAAAUCCACGGGUCCCGCGCCCCGAUCCUGAGCGCGUGCCUUCGGGCCGGCCGCCAGUCGUGCUGGUGACCGUCAUCGACCCGACGCAAUAUCCCAAUGCCUACCUGAAGACGAUCAAGGAGAACCGCGAGCAGUAUGCCGCAAAGCAUGGUUACGAGGCAUUUAUCGUCAAGGCCUACGACUACGACACCCAGGGAGCGCCGCAGUCUUGGUCGAAACUCAUGGCUAUGCGGCAUGCGCUGACCAAGUUCCCGGAGUGCCGCUUCGUCUGGUACCUCGACCAGGACGCCUAUAUCAUGGAUAUGAGCAAGUCGCUGGAGGAACAGCUCCUGAAUCGGCAAAAGCUGGAGAGCCUGAUGAUCAAGAAUUACCCCGUUGUGCCGCCGGACAGCAUCAUCAAGACGUUUUCGCACCUGAGACCAGAUGAGGUCGACCUCAUUGUUAGCCAGGACAGCUCAGGCUUGGUGGCCGGCAGUGUUGUGGUUAGGAACAGCCAAUGGAGCAAGUUCCUGCUGGAGACGUGGAUGGACCCUCUGUACCGAAGCUACAAUUUCCAAAAGGCUGAGAGACAUGCUCUGGAGCACAUUGUGCAAUGGCAUCCCACCAUCCUCUCGAAGCUGGCACUCGUACCGCAACGCACGCUCGGCCCCUACACGCGCACCGACCAAGGCGACGCCUACCAAGACGGCGACUUUGUCGUCAUGUUCACCGGGUGCACGAAGUCAGGCGAACAGAGCUGCGAGACCGUGUCAGCAAGCUAUUAUCAGAAAUGGAGCUCUUCAUUGUAA